UAGCACGUCGUUACCGAAGCCACCGUAUGAUAGAGACGAGAGAAGUUCACGGAAAAGGGAUGAGUGACUCGAUGUAGCGGACUAUCGCUUGUCAAAGGUUGCGAGGCUGUAGAAGGUUGUGUUGAAAGUUUCACGAGUAGUUUCACGUGCUGCUUUGAGCAUUUUAACUUUUUAACACGAAGACGCGGCUCACAGUCAACAGGCAGUGCGUGUUUAUAUUGCUGUUAGAUACUGACAUGAAACAAGCCGACAAAUCGCGGUUUAGGCAAAUGUAAACAAAUUUAUUGCGAUGCGCUAUCGCUCCAGUUUUGUGUCGUCGAAUUGAUUUGUGUAUUCGUGGGAAUUCAACACGGCGUUUUAAAGUUUUGCAUCAGUAUAUUUUUAACGCGUUAUUAUGGCUGAACACGAAAGUUUGGAGUUUGGCAAAGCGGACUUUGUUCUUCUGGACAAUGUGUCUUUGGAGGAGUUUAUGGCCAACCUGAAACUCAGGUUUGAAAAGGGUCGCAUCUACUCAUACAUUGGCGAAGUGGUGGUAUCGGUUAACCCUUACCGUGCCAUGAACAUUUACGGACGGGACACCAUCGAGCAGUACAAAGGCAGAGAGCUGUAUGAACGCCCUCCGCAUCUCUUCGCCAUCGCCGAUGCUGCAUACAAAGCCAUGAAGCGGAGGAACAAAGACACCUGCAUUGUUAUCUCAGGGGAGAGCGGCGCUGGCAAAACAGAGGCUAGUAAAUACAUUAUGCAAUAUAUUGCUGCUAUCACCAAUCCCAGCCAAAGAGCAGAGGUGGAGAGGGUGAAAAACAUGCUGCUAAAAUCCAACUGUGUCCUGGAGGCUUUUGGGAACGCCAAGACCAACCGCAAUGAUAACUCCAGCCGAUUUGGCAAAUACAUGGAUAUCAACUUUGAUUUUAAAGGAGAUCCCAUUGGCGGCCAUAUCAACAACUACUUGCUUGAGAAGUCCCGAGUCAUCUUCCAGCAGGAAGGAGAGAGAAGUUUUCACUCUUUCUACCAGCUGGUAAAAGGAGGUCCGGACACUCUGCUGCGGUCACUGCACAUUCAAAAAGAUCCCGCAGCGUACAACUACAUAAAAGUCGGAGGCCAUAUAAAGUCAUCUAUAAAUGACAAUGCUGAAUUUAAAGCUGUCGCUGAUGCCAUGAAAGUGAUCGGCUUCACUGCAGAUGAGAUACAGACCGUCUACAAGAUCCAGGCUACUAUCUUGCAUCUGGGGAAUCUGAAGUUUGGAUGCGAUGGAGAUGUGACUCUCAUUGAAAAUUCGAAGCUAGUAUCGGUGCUGAGUGAAUUGCUGGCCACCAAAGAUGAGAAUGUGGAGAAGGCCCUGCUGUACCGCACUGUGGCCACCGGUCGUGAUGUCAUAGACAAACAGCACACUGAUAAAGAGGCCAGUUAUGGUCGUGAUGCCUUGGCCAAGGCCAUUUACGAGCGUCUUUUCUGUUGGAUUGUGGGAAGAAUAAAUGACGUCAUUGAGGUAAAAAACUACGAUGCCCGGGUUCAUGGGAAAAACACCGUCAUUGGCGUUCUGGACAUCUACGGCUUUGAAAUCUUUCAAAACAACAGCUUUGAACAGUUUUGUAUAAACUACUGCAAUGAAAAACUGCAACAGCUCUUCAUUCAGUUGGUGUUGAAACAAGAGCAAGAGGAAUAUCAGAGAGAGGGAAUCCCCUGGAAACACAUCGACUACUUUAACAAUCAGAUCAUCGUGGAUCUGGUGGAACAGCAGCAUAAGGGCAUUUUUUCUGUUUUGGAUGAGGCGUGUAUGAAUGUGGGGAAAGUAACAGAUGAGAUGUUCCUGCAAGCGCUCAAUGGCAAGCUGGCAAAGCAUGCGCACUACACCAGCCGCAAGCUUUCCCCCACUGACAAAAAUCUGGAGUUUGACAGAGACUUCCGGAUCCGCCAUUAUGCAGGAGAUGUGGCUUACUCAGUCGUGGGCUUCAUUGACAAAAACAAAGACACCUUGUUUCAGGAUUUCAAGCGGAUGCUUUACAACAGCUCAAACCCUGUGCUGAAAUCCAUGUGGCCUGAGGGCAAGUUGAGCAUCACGGAGGUCACCAAGCGACCCCUGACCGCUGCCACGCUCUUUAAAAACUCUAUGAUCUCUUUAGUGGAGAACCUUGCCAGCAAGGAGCCAUACUAUGUACGAUGCAUAAAGCCAAAUGAUGUUAAAUCCCCACUCAUUUUUGAACCCGAGCGAUGCAAGCACCAAGUGGAGUACCUGGGCCUCCUGGAGAACGUCCGGGUGCGGCGAGCUGGCUUUGCCAACCGACAAACCUAUCCACGGUUUCUUCAGAGAUAUAAAAUGAUCUCGGAGUUUACCUGGCCCAACCAUGACCUGCCAUCAGAUAAGGAGGCAGUAAGACGUUUGCUACAGGGUUGUGGUUUCGAGCAUGACGUAGCCUACGGCAAAACCAAAGUGUUCAUCCGCACCCCUCGAACCAUCUUCAGUCUGGAGGAGCAGAGAUCAGAGAUGGUGAAGAGGAUCGUCCUCUUUCUGCAGAAGGUGUGGCGUGGGACACUGGCCAGAAUGCGUUAUCGUCGUAUGCGUGCUUCCCUCAUCAUCAUCCGGGCGUAUAGGCGUUACAAAGUUAAAUCAUACAUCCAAGAGGUCAACCGGCGCUUCAAAAAUGUACGUGGCAUGAAGGAUCAUGGCAAGCAUGUGAAGUGGCCAACACCUCCCAAAGUCCUGCGCAAGUUUGAAGAGGCCCUGAGGAACAUUUAUAACAGGUGGUGGGCCUGGACGCUCAUUAAAGACCUGUCUCCAGACGAAAUGCUUCAGAUUAAGGCUAAAGUUGCCACAUUUGAGUGUUUGAAGGGACAGAGGGCUGAUCUUGGACUGCAAAGGACCUGGGAAGGCAACUACCUGAAGCAGGACAGUCCUGGGACAGCAUCGUCCUUUACUCUUGUAUCCAGCGAACUGAAGAGGAAAGAUAAGUUCAUGAGAGUCCUCUUCUCCUGCAAUGUCCGCAAAAUCAAUCGCUUUAAUAAGGCAGAGGACCGGGCUCUGCUCAUCACUGAUCGACAUCUCUACAAAAUGGAUCCAGUAAAGCAGUACAAACCCAUGAAGAGCAUUCCACUCUAUAAUGUGACCGGAGUGAGCGUUUCCCCCGGGAAGGACCAGCUGGUUGUCUUCCAUACCAAAGACAACCGGGAUCUAAUCGUGUGCUUGCAGGGCAUGGUGCCAGCGGGGGACAGCCGCAUUGGAGAGCUGGUGGGGACCCUUCUCAGCCACUUCAAAAGUGAGAAGAGGAAGCUCCAGGUAAACAUCCUCAGCCCCAUUCAUUGUAGUAUGAAUGGAAUAAAGUGCACUGUCGUCGUGGAAACCAAGAUCAACCAGUCACAUCCAGACUUCACCAAGAACCGAUCAGGAUAUAUUCUUUCAGUGCCAGGCAACUAGAGGAACGGGGUACACACAGCACCUUUCGACAGGACAUAACUAGUCACUAAAACUUCUGAGUUGAAUCUCAGAAUGGAAGCCAUACUUUUUUUGCCCAAUGAAAGGCAAGGUGGAAAUAUUGUAUUUUCUUUUUUUUAAGUAGAAAAGUUUCUAUUCCCUAAUUUUUCUAGUCCCUUUUACUUAAGCUCAGAUGGCAAUGACGUUAAAAGAUUUACCAUCAAAGAAGAAACCCAGUUUAUUAAUUUAUUAAACAUUACAAAAAAAAUCAGGAUUUUUUCGCUAUGCAGAGUUUCAAAAAAAUCAAACUCUUGUUUUGAUAUAUAUUCUAGACUUUUAUUCUUCAAAGGGAAUAUGUUGGUUUUGAUAAGUAGUUAUUUUGAGAUAAAUAAUAGCCAUGCAUAUGUCCCAAUUUAUUGCACAGAUCAUAUGUUGGUGGAUAUGUUGAUCAUAUCCAUAAACACGUUAAGGAGCUUUAAACACACUCGUAAUUUAAACGUUUCUGCAUGUAUCUCGAUAUUUAUAGCACAGGCAAAUAUACUGUACUUAUCGUAUUGGUUAUUGAAUUGUAGCUCAUAUUAUGUGUUGUAUACGCUAUAUAUGAACACAACGUAGAUGUAUUUAUCUUGAAGUAGAAUCAGACAGACAGGAACACCGAGCAGAGGCUGAUUGCGUCAGACUAUUAUCAAUUUCUAUUUUCUAUGAUGGUGGUUCCUCCAAACCAGGAGAAAGAGAGAUGAGUCUUUAUCAGUCCUCCCUUGCUGAUUCUUUGGCAUAUAGGAUUAUUUAGCAGUCUGUUUCUACUGCAAUGAUGAGAUGCUUUUAUGUUUACAAAGACUGAAUUUAAAGUAGCACAAAGCCAUUCUUCAUACGAGCCAAAAGGACAAGAAAAUGUGUUUGACAAGAAGAGAUUCAUAUUGCCUCUAUCGACAGUGUACUGACACUGCUUGACCCAGUUUAAAACUUUUGGUACUGAUUGAAAAAGUGCCAAACCUGAAAAUCGACUGCUGUUUAAUUUCUUAGCAGACGUUUGCAUAAAUCUGUUUAUCGAUAACUGCUUCGAUGUCCGUGGCUGGAAGCUAUAGUUUCUCAUGGCCAAAAACAUCACAAAGCAUCAGUAGCAUCUGUGAUGUACCUAUGUGCGUAAGGUGAUUAAAAUGAGAACUAAUGCAUUGUAACAGAUGAUGGGCAUUUAAAAAAAAUCAUGCAUGUUUGGUUUUUAUUCAUUCCCGUUUUCUGCACAAGCAUUUGUUUGUAUGCUGUGCUGCUCGCAUCUAAACUGAUUCCCAGCUUAAAAUGCUUUUGCAUAGGAAGCCCAUCUUGUUGCACAGUGCCACACUCCCUCUCUCUACACACUGUAAUCCUUGAUCGCUCUGUCCCUGAAUUUUCUCUCUUGACUAUUAGCCUGGAUCACUGAAGUGUGUCAGUAAAAGCAGAAACACAAAGUGCUGCUGGAAAGAUAGUCAGACAAUGUACUGCCACUGGUCUGGCCCACAACAGACACACUGGCAGAUUCUUUCUUAUCAGUCAGAAAUUGUUGAUAGUCUCUUAAAACUUUGCCAGGAAGGUGAAGGUCAAAACAAUAAAUGUGUGGUGGUGUUUUUUACUGUAACGGGCUGUUCUCAAAUAUUUGCUACAUCAUUUGAGGCAUACAGAUGUGUGAAUGCUCUGUUUUACAGAAUUACAGUACAUUGAUAAAUGGGACUUGUUGAGCAUUAGAUCAUAGUUUUUGAUCAUUUUUCUGUCUGUUUUGUUCUCUCUUAUGGGUAUUUAAAAUGAUUUUCUCUUUCCUCUUGUCUUAAAUCCCACAAAUGCCAUUGAAAGGGAUAGUUCACCCAUUUUCUUACUAAAUGUCUUUCUUCUGAUAAGAUAUUUAAAGGAAUGUUUAAAGCCAAACCGAUCAUGAGCCCCAUUACCGCCAUAGUAGGAAAAAAAAGAAUACUAUGGAAGUGUAUGGGUCUUACGAACGGUUUUGUUACAAACAUUACUCAAAAUAUCUCCUCAAAACAAAGAAAUCUAUACAGGUUUGUAACAACAUGAGAGUGAGUAAAUGAUGAGUGAGUUUUCAUUUUUGGGUGAACUAUCCCUUUAAGUGCCGAAUAAUUUAAUUCCCAGGUAAAAUGUGUUUAAUGUUGCUUAAAUUGUGUAAUUAUAUCCAUUUGUCUUGGUUGAUAUUAGAAACCUGGAGAUUUUGUUUGAUCAAUCGAUGUGCCUAAUUUUGUACCUCUUUUAUUUAAGUAAUAUAUUAAUUUAAAAGAUUUUCCGAUUUAAAAUGUUGCUUGGACCAAAUCAAAAAGAAAAUCCUGUGCAGUGUGUUUGUUUUAAAGUAAAAUCAUGGUAUGUUUUCAUAUGUAUGUCAUUAAUGCAGUUAUUAAUCUCAUUUAUACAUUUGCAGAUAUGAAAAAGCUCUCAUUUUACAAAUAAGGAUUUUGUUCGGUGUUUGUUUAAUGCAUUCAAACCAUUUACUGUAAACCAUUUACCACAGUUAAUGUUUUGUUUAAUCAUAAAACGCUGUACCAAAUAUCUGCUCCUGAAAAUAAAUAAACAUGUCCUUGAGGUA